CCUCAAUUCUCUCUUCUCUCGCGCAUUUCCCUCGCCCGUCUCAUCCCGGGAUCCAAAGCUACACAAAGCACACACAUACACACACGCAAACGAGUAACGAGUGCGAGACGACGGCGACCACUACGUCAGCAGCUUCUCUUUUCGUCUUCAUCUCUUCUUCCAACUUUCGCUCGCGCCAAACGACAUCGCCCGGCUUCCGCGCCGUUGAUACACGAAUUGCAUCUCUCUGCACAAAAUUCCCACCGUCACAUCCCCGACCCAACGGAAAGACGGACAAUUGCGAACUAGCCAGCCCCGGUCCCCGCAUCCGUUCGCUGCUCUGUCGUCAUCGUGCUUCCUACGAGAGCGCCCAUCCAUCAGUCCUUGCGUGCCGCUGGGUCGUUGAUUUAUUACUCGAGACGGUAGCAAACAUUGCUUCUUUCCUGCAGACGCAGCACCCGGCCAUCGACUGACCCCUGGAGCUGGCGCUGGAGCUGGAGCUGGAGCAAAGGACAAACACGCGCCCACUCCCCCUUUGCACCUACACCUUGGCUUACAGGCCCACUGUCUCACCGAGCAUUGCGUGCGACACACUGCCAUUGUCCAUACACCCCCGGCGACCUACUUACACACCAAGUUUACAACCUCUCACACCACCGCAACUCACACCUUGUCGUCAGUCGGGUUUGGCCCCAACUCGUAGCCCUCUGCCGCCCCUACCCACCGUAUUAGCACGGUCACAGCAACCAUCAGCCCAAGUCUAUCUCAGCCGAGUUAGCCUUCUCGAAAGAAAGAACGAGAAGAAAGGGAAAAAAAAAGACACAAGCGUCCAAUCCUUCCUGCAAGCUUGCAGCACCACAUCAUAUCUGCUUGGACUGGCGGCACGCCUCCUUUUCUCCUCAUCCUCAUCACGCCUGGGCCUCGACUCGGGUUCCGUCAGCAGUUGAAAGCUUCCGACUGGACUGAUAGGAGGAUCAACCACGUCCCAUUAGGAAUCGUAUCAAGUCAGAAGUCAUAGUCACUGGCCACCCCCCGCGCGCGCACACACACUCACACACUCACGCACGCACGCACGCACGCCUCUUCCCAUCACUUAUCAGCUUCUCGGCCAAAUAUACAUAUCAGCACCCACACCCCCCAGACGCAAACCCGCCGCUAUCUUUCCAACCCAUCACCAAGCCGCCUUAGCAACUGGGAAUAAGGCACACCAUACAAACUACACAUCAGGCGUCCCCUGUACUUGCGAUAGCUCGAGACCCUUCUUAAUCCUCCCAGCACCCGCUCUGACCUGCGGGGGAAAAAAACCCAUCCAAGGGGGGAAAAGGAAAAUCUCUUCAGCGGCGGGCAACGUACGGAGCCGGAGUGCCACCAAAGCAAACCAACCCAGCCCAACCACAAGCAACCCUUCACUAGGUACGGAUACUAAAGGCCAAGGGCCCCGACUUUGCCACUCGGAACCGCGUGAGACAGCAGGGACCAAUUUCCUGCAUUUCCCAUUCCAAGGCCACCAACAGUCCAGAUCUCACCGAUUGUUGCGAAAAAUUUUCACGACGAGGCCGGAUACCGUCUUCCUUCUCCGGAUCUCCUCUCUGCCUCCCUCCUCUUUCGUUCCCCGUCCCGGGUCUCAAAAGCCCUUUGCCUCUGCCAAACCCGACGGCCGAGACAAGGACAGACAAGCAUCGCACGGUGCUCUUUUGUCAAUCCUCGCUGCUUAAGGCAUCGCAACAGCGCUACCCCUCCACUAAACACCGCCAUUCCCCGCUUAUCUCCUGCCGCCGUUCACCCACCAAUACAGGCACCGACUGCUACUGAAAGCCAUCCAAAAGCCUGAGCGACGGAGAGAGAGAGAGAGAGACUACAAGAAGACCCCUGCCAACCUCGCAUCCGUCUCUUUUGGAACUCGAACCCUCGCUUUCUCAGUCGCCGGUCUUCACUCACUUCGGCCAUACUUGACUCACCUCGGCCAUACUUAUACAAUACACCUCACGAUGCAUCACAGCCGCAGAAAGUCGGGUAACACGUCCAUGUCGGAAAAGACGGUCACUGCCAGCGACCCCUCCCGCUAUGGCAAGCGCCCUUCCACUCUCACCAGACGCCAAACACCCCAGAAGCUGGGCAAGAACCCCAGGGACCGCGAACGGGAACUGCAAGACUCGUGGGACGACCAACGUGAAAGUUUUCCUCAGUUCUGCAUGACUUGCGAAAAACAGUUUGUGCCUCAAGACGCCAAUUUCCUGUACUGCUCAGAAGCGUGCCGUAAGCAUGAUCAACAAAGCGCAUCGUCCACUGGCAGGAGCCACAGCCAGGCGCACAUGGGCAGCUACCCCUUCUACGCCAUGGGCAACCCCGAGCCGAGAGACAUCGUGCCUCGCGCAUCGCCCUCGAGGCCCAACUCGAUGCACUUCUCUCCGCCCACGACGCCCGGUGCCACCACCACCUCCUCCGGCGGUAGUGGUCAGUACUCUUCCGCCAUCUCUGCGCUGAGGUCGCUCAGCAUUCGACCGCCGAGCCCGCCUUCCCCCACAUCGUCUCAUCCUAGCCUGUGGCCCUUCACCAAGAGCAGCACCAACAGCCCCAGCACGUCGUACAACCGCGGUAGCAACAGCUUCUUUCCGGCGACCUACGAUGGGGGCUACGCGGCCAACGGGUAUGCCUACAACUACAGCUCCAGCGGCAUGGACCGCCCGCUACCGACGAGGAGGCCCACCGGGCCGGGCUACUCGAGGCCGAAAAGCAUCGAGUUGGUGACCCCGAUGGUCGGUCGUUAACUGUCAUCGGAGGUGACGCAUCGCACGACGACACCAUUGGGGGAGCGACUGACGUAUUGUGCAGU